AUGACUCAUUCGACUUCCUGUCGCCCCGUAGCCAGUAGUGCAGGAGCGUCGAGGCACCAAUCGCCAUCCAUUCUGACGGAAUCCCCUUUGUAUUCUGGUUCACACCACCCCUCUCUUCCUCCCUCAUCCACUUUUCCUGCUCCACUUAUUUUAGAGCACGAUAGCAAUGGUAAACUACUACCAGGGGACGUCAUUUUGUGGCAAAGCUCCGAUAUUAAGACGCCCGAACGGACCUACAGCAGCAUUGAUAAAACCGAUUAUUCACCUGAACUGAAAAAGCUUUAUUAUACAAACAUCAGUGUACCCUUGACUAUGCAAUCGACCAAAUUCAUCCCUAAUAGCCAAAGCUCUAUCUCACAAAGUGACUUACCUCUCACAGAAUUGCUUAAGCUCAGCUCUCAACAGGAAGCUCAGCAGCUUAGUGCAUCUACUCUGUUUAUUUCGAAGGACCCGACGGCCAAAACUUCAGAUAUAAGCCUUGUCACCAGCACUGUUCCGGCC